UUGGAAGCUUCCCGGCGGGAUAGUUGACGCUGUAACUCCGUGACUGUAAAUGAUUCUUUGUACAUAACAUUAUAUCACAAUGAGGCGAACAAGAAGUUCAAGAAAUAAAAGCCAGACCGCACCAGAGUCCGAAGAAGCCCCUUCAAAAACAGGUUUGCUCCGUGGGAAGCUUGAAAGCAGCGUUUAGCUGAAUGCUGUAGCAUGAGUUCAGUGUGGCAGUGGAAGGGGGACGAUGGGCGAUGGCAGCCGUACCCGCCUUCAGCCUGUGACCUGUUGAACUCGGCGGUGUCUGCGGGAACGGCCUGCAUCACGUUGCCUCUGGGCUCCGGGGCGGCCUACACCGUCGACCUGAAGAAGAUGCUCCAGAUCAAUUCUGUCACCAAGUACGAAAGGAAGAUUCGUUCUCACAUAGUAAAACAAGAAAGCUUGAGUGACAGCAGUGAGUCAGCCACUCACAAUGGAAGACUGGUUCAAGUUAAAGAGGAAGAUGAGGAGACAGAGGAGCAGCCUGCUAAGAGGAGGAGAGGUCAAAGCAAGAGUCAGCCGAAAACAGACAAAACGGCCAAACAAGAAAUAAAAAAUGAAGAGGUGGUGAAGACAGUGGUCAUGAAGGGAAAAGCUCCGUUGGAUUCUGAAUGCAAAGCCAAACUUGGAAAGGCUCAUGUUUACUGUGAAGGAAAUGAUGUUUAUGACGUGAUGUUAAACCAGACAAAUCUUCAGUUUAACAACAACAAAUACUACCUGAUCCAACUGCUGGAAGACGACAGCUCCAAGACGUAUAGUGUGUGGAUGAGAUGGGGCAGAGUUGGCAAAGUGGGUCAAAACAACCUUACAGCCUAUGGUGGAGACCUGAUGAAAGCCAAAGAUGUCUUCAAGAAAAAAUUCUUUGACAAAACCAAGAACGAGUGGGAACACCGGGCAAAUUUUGAAAAAGUAGCUGGGAAAUAUGACAUGGUGUUCAUGGACUACAGCACAAAUGAAAAGGAGGAGAACCUGACCACAGUUGAUAGUGCACCCAAAAAGAAGCCAUCCAAGCUGGAUGAGAAGAUCCAGUCCCUCCUAGAGCUUAUCUGUGACCUCAAAGCCAUGGAGGAGUGUGUCCUCGAGAUGAAGUUCGACACUCGGAAAGCUCCUCUUGGCAAGCUGACUUCGGAGCAGAUACGUGCAGGCUACAUUGCACUGAAGAGAAUCGAGGCGUGUUUAAAGAAGAAGGGCAGCAAUCGUGAGCUGCUGGAGGCCUGCAACCAAUUCUACACCCGCAUCCCACACGACUUUGGGUUAAAAACGCCCCCAAUUAUCCGCACAGAGGAAGAGCUGAAGGAAAAGAUUGCUUUGUUGGAGGCAUUAAGUGACAUCGAGAUUGCAGUGAAAAUGGUUCAGUCUAAUGCAGGCAGUGAUGAACACCCUCUGGACACACAGUACCGCUCCCUCCAGUGCAAACUGGAGCCUCUAAAAUCCACCAGCACUGAGUUCAAGGUGAUAGAGAAGUAUCUGCAGUCCACUCACGCCCCCACCCAUAGUGACUACACCAUGACCGUCCUUGACAUCUUUUCAGUGGACAGAGAUGGGGAGAGAAACAAUUUCCUCUCACAGAUACACAACAGGACUCUGCUGUGGCAUGGUUCCCGUCUGUCUAACUAUGUUGGGAUCCUCAGCCAGGGACUCAGAGUGGCUCCACCUGAAGCUCCGGUCACUGGCUACAUGUUUGGUAAAGGCAUCUACUUUGCUGACAUGUCAUCAAAAAGUGCCAACUACUGCUUUACCAAUCAGAAUAAUAAUAUUGGCCUGCUGUUAUUGUGCGAGGUCGCUCUGGGAGACUGUAACGAGCUGCUGGAUGCUGACUACGACGCCAACAACCUGCCUUCUGGGAAACACAGCACCAAGGGCCUGGGGCAGACUGGACCCGACCCCAAAAACUCAGUGACUCUGGGUGAUGUCACAGUGCCAAUGGGGCCUGGGGUGAAGACAGGUGUGGGUAGAAAUUCCAGUUACUCACUCCUCUAUAACGAGUACAUAGUUUACAACCCCGCCCAGACGCGCAUGAGGUACCUGCUGCGGGUCCAGUUCAACUACUCCUCACUGUGGUGAACUGCAGAUUUCAUGGGAUUUCCUCUCCACUAUUCUUCAUCUGGUGAUGACUCAUUUGGCUCUGACUCUGGGUGGAUCACAGAAACCUUUACCUUCUCAGUUAGCAGUUGACAAACAUUUUGAUAUGAAAUGUCUUUUAUUAAAUUUUUGCUCAAAAGAACACACAAUAACCACAGUAUAUUACAUUGGAUUGUGCAAAAUUACUUUAUAUACAUUAAUAAAAUUAGAUUAUUACAUCACUUUGUUGACAUUUCAUAGGUGAAAUAGUUACUGGCUUUAUCCAAACAGUUAAUGACCACAGAUAUGUAUUUUUUUUAACAAAUAUGCGAUUGAUGUUGUCCCUAAGUCGUGUGUGUAUCUGGGGUUUGAUAGAAGUAAAGGUCACACUGUAAACUGCUAAAGCAAAUGAGAGAAGAGAGAUAUGAAGAAUAUUUUGCACUACUAUUUGUCCAUGUUAUUUAACUGUUCUGUAAACUACAUGUUGUAAAGGGCAACAUCGAUUCAAUUUGGCUUUCUGCUUUGUUCUGUAUGUAGCAAAUGGCCCCAUGGAUCUUAAUUGUUAUCACUGUCUGUCAUUCAUGAUUGAAUUAGAAGUUAGUUGUGCAGGUUGGAGAUGAGAAUUAACUAAAUAAAAGCAAAGAAAAUUCUUAA